AUGGCUUCAAAGGUCUCCUGUUUAUACGUUUUGACAGUCGUGUGCUGGGCCAGCGCUCUCUGGUACUUGAGUGUCACUCGCCCUACUUCUUCCUACACUGGCUCUAAGCCAUUCAGCCAUCUAACAGUUGCCAGGAAAAACUUCACCUUUGGCAACAUAAGAACUCGACCUAUAAACCCCCAUUCUUUUGAAUUUCUUAUAAAUGAGCCCAACAAGUGUGAGAAAAACAUUCCUUUCCUCGUUAUCCUCAUCAGCACCACCCAUAAAGAAUUCGAUGCCCGGCAGGCGAUCCGAGAGACCUGGGGGGAUGAGAACAACUUUAAAGGGAUCAAGAUAGCCACUCUCUUCCUCCUGGGCAAGAACGCUGAUCCCGUUCUCAAUCAGAUGGUGGAGCAAGAAAGCCAGAUCUUUCACGACAUUAUCGUGGAGGACUUCAUUGAUUCCUACCAUAACCUUACCCUCAAAACCUUAAUGGGGAUGAGGUGGGUGGCCACUUUUUGUUCAAAAGCCAAGUACGUCAUGAAAACAGACAGCGACAUUUUUGUCAACAUGGACAACCUUAUUUAUAAACUACUAAAACCGUCCACCAAGCCAAGAAGAAGGUAUUUUACUGGCUAUGUCAUCAACGGAGGGCCAAUCCGAGACGUCCGCAGUAAGUGGUAUAUGCCUAGGGACUUGUACCCUGACAGUAACUACCCACCCUUCUGCUCGGGGACCGGCUAUAUCUUUUCAGCUGAUGUGGCUGAACUCAUUUACAAGACCUCACUCCACACCAGGCUGCUUCACCUGGAAGAUGUAUAUGUGGGACUGUGUCUUCGAAAGCUGGGCAUCCAUCCUUUCCAGAACAGUGGCUUCAAUCACUGGAAAAUGGCCUACAGUUUGUGUAGGUAUCGCCGAGUUAUCACCGUGCAUCAGAUCUCUCCAGAAGAAAUGCACAGAAUCUGGAAUGACAUGUCAAGCAAGAAACAUCUCAGAUGUUAG